ACCUCGCUGGCAGCGUCUGUAUCAAACCUAAUGAACAUCCCCUCUGAUCACCUGGUGACGGCGGCGGACAGGUCUUAACAGAUCCUCCCUCUGAGUAACACUUUCAGCGGCGUGACGAAGCGGACGCGGCCCCGGGCCUUGAUGAGCCCCCCUGAGGCCCGCGGGCUGCGUUUGUUUUUCACUUAUCCAAGACGUGCGCUGAAAGACAGUAACCAUGGGCCUCUCACCUGUGGAAUUAAUUAUCUUCACAAAGGUAGAGGCGGAGCUGCGCGGCGUCGCCACAUUUCCUAACAAACAAGCUCGCCGCCGCGUCUCUCUGCACAUUUGGACGGGACUGUCAGCAGGAACCUUUCCAAGCCUUCAGGAGGAUGCCGAGUCAGCUGGAAGGCGCCAUGGGCGCGCUCAUCACCGUUUUCUACAACUACUCUGGAAACGAUGGCGACAAGCACAAACUCAACAAAGGCGAGCUGAAGGAGCUCCUGCACAGCGAGCUCACCGACUUCCUGAUGUCCCAGAAGGAUCCGAUGCUGGUGGAGAAAAUCAUGAACGACCUGGACUCCAACAAAGACAACGAGGUGGACUUUAACGAGUUCGUGGUGCUGGUGGCCGCCCUGACCGUCGCCUGCAACGACUUCUUCCAGGAGCAGAACAAGCACGCCAAGUAGCCGUCUGCACGCCGGACCUUCAUCAGCAGUUUUAACCUUUUCUAUGGUCUUUGUCCAAACAUAAGUCUCCUCCUCACCCCUCAUGAUCAUUCGUUGUUGAAAAUCUGAGUGAGAAUAAACGAACAACGUGUCCUCUCCA